AUGGCGAUGAUAUUGUUGCAACUGUGUUACGCAGGAGUGACUCUUUCUGCAAGAGUUACUUUGGUUAAUGGAACAAGCCCUCGGGUUUUUAUCCUAUACAGGCAAGUCUUUGCAACCAUUUUCAUCUUCCCAUUUCUCUACUUCUCAAGCAUUACAAUGAAUCAAAAUCUGUAUUGUGAAGGUAUUUACUUAGCUUCAUCGUCGACGGGAAGUGCCAUGUGUAACAUCAUUCCUGCACUAACCUUCUUAAUCUCAUAUCUCGCCGGAUACGAGACAGUCAAUAUCCGGAAUGUUAGAGGCUUAGCAAAGAUAUCAGGGACGGUUCUAUGUGUAGUAGGAGCAAUCUCCAUGACUUUGCUUCGUGGACCAAAGAUUCUUAACUCGGAAUCUACUUUACCGUUAGAAAAUUCGUUACUAGGAGAUCUUGCGGACCAGAACAUGUGGCUCAUUGGUUGUUUGUGUGUGUUCGCUAGCACUGUUUGCUAUUCUUUAUGGCUAACAUUUCAGGUCCCAGUCUCUGCUUAUUACCCAGACCACCUCUCUUUAUCAGCGUGGAUGUGUUUAUUCGGCACGAUACAAUGUGCAGUCGUCACUUUCUUCUUUGAUAAAGACCCAAACGCUUGGAUUAUCCAUUCUUACUCAGAGUUAGCGACUUGUCUCUACGCUGGAGUUGUAUCGUCAGCGCUUGCUUUUACGGUCCAAGCUUGGGUUAUAUCUAAGAGAGGCCCUUUGUUCUCUGCAAUGUUUAACCCUCUCUGUACAGUCAUUGUCACAAUCUUGGCUUCUCUGAUCCUUAAAGAAGAGAUGUUCACCGGAAGCUUAAUCGGAGGAAUAUGUGUGAUCAUGGGACUUUACAUUGUGCUCUGGGGUAAAGCCGAAGAUGUCAUGAUAAAUCAAGAACAGAGAGACAUUACGAAUAACUCAGACGUGAAAAUUCAGAUCGAAGAUUCUUCAAACACAGUAAACUGUAACGGAGAUCUGAAGAAUCCACUUCUGUCCUAA